AGGAAUCUUACAGAAAUUUGCCUGUUCUCUUUUCUCUUCCAAUUUUUCUUGAUAGGACGAGCCAAGGAUGUUUCAUCUCCUACUUCCAUUGCUGCUGUUGAUCUCCAACGUCAGACGAUCACAAUCAGCCAUCAUCGAGAGCCUACCAGGCUUCCCCGGAGACCUUCCCUUCAAACUCGAAACAGGAUACGUCGGGGUAGGAGAGUUGGAGGAAGUGCAGCUAUUUUACUACUUCAUCGAGUCGGAGAGGAGCCCCAACGAUGACCCUUUGUUGCUUUGGCUCACCGGCGGUCCGGGUUGCUCCGCUCUAUCCGGCCUCCUCUUCGAAAUAGGUCCUUUGCAAUUUGAUUAUUCAAAUUCCAGCGGAAUCAGACCAUUGUUCGAGUUAAAUCCCUAUUCCUGGACAAAGAUUGCCAACAUAAUAUUUUUAGAUGCACCCGUGGGUACGGGAUUUUCUUAUGCAAUGACAUGGGCAGCAUACAAUAUUAAUGACACUUCCUCAGCAGCACAGACAUAUGGAACAGUAUUGACGGUUCAAGAAAGGGGCAAAACGGGUCCCGCCACUUCUAAUUUGGCCAUCAAUACAGCAAGGAAUUCCAACGAAGAACUUCACGAGGCGAUCAAGAACGGUCUAGACCACACGGUCGAAAGAGAUUCGAUGCUGAUCACUUGCUUCGCCACCAUGCUCGAUCGCCUCAUCACCUGUCGCCCACCCCUCGCCCUCAAUUUACUCUCCGAUUCCUCUUCGCUCCUCAACGCGACGCCGGCAUCGCCGCCGUCGCCGCUUAGGAGCACCUCCUCCUCUUCCACACCGGACCGCGCCGGCUUUUCGGCGCCCAAGUUUCCGCCUUCCGCCGCAUCACUCCCGCCGCUCCCACUUCCCUCCCUCGAUCCCGCGCCGCCGCCUCGGUCCGUCUCCGAGCUGCACCGCCGCAUCACUGGAGCUGCUGCUCGAGCGAAGGGGGAGCUCGAGCAGCUGCAGAUCGAGCUGCAGCUCGAGCUCGCUCUCGAAAACGUUUCCAUGCACGCCCAUGAGUUCUUAAGAAAGUGGCUAUUGGCUCAUCCCAAGUUCCUCACAAAUCAGCUUUACAUCACCGGUGAUUCUUAUUCCGGUGUUGUCGUCCCCAUCAUUGUUAAAGAAAUAUACGAUGGAAAUGAAGCCGGACGCGAGCCGCCAAUGAAUCUCAAAGGUUACGUGCUAGGCAAUCCGGUGACUUGUGAAGUAAAGGACAUUAGUCAAAGGAUUCCAUAUGGUUACAAGACGGCUCUCAUAUCAGAUGAACUUUACGAGUCAACAAAAACGGAUUGCAAUGGAGAUUACAUGAAUGUAGAUCCUACAAACGGAGCAUGUCUAAGAGAUCUCGAAAUGGUGUCGAUAUGCCUUGAGAAGAUAAAUCUCCAUCAAAUAUUGGAACCCAAGUGUAGUGCGUUAUCUCCUAACCACACGAGGCUAAAAUGGAGUAGAAGUAUACUCAAAGAGAAUAUCAUCGAUGUCAUUUCGAUGCCUCAACAAUCCAAGCCAUGGUGUCGGUCUUAUAACUAUUUGUACUCCUACAUUUGGGCCAACGAUAGGAAUGUCCAAGAAGCCCUUCACAUACGAGAGGGCAUGAAGCCAGAAUGGAAUAGAUGCAACGAGAGUAUAUCUUACACAAAGGACAUUCUUAAUAGUGUAGUCUAUCAUAGAUACCUCUCCAAGACAUCCCUUCGUGCCCUAAUUUACAGUGGUGAUCAUGACAUGGGUAUUCCGUACGUGGGUACACUAGAUUGGAUAAGAUCACUUAAUUUAACUUUACUUGGUCCGUGGGGGCCUUGGUAUGUCGAUGGUCAAGUGGCCGGGUAA